AUGUUCCUGGUUCCAUCAGCCCUUCACCAGAGCAUUAUUCAAACUCAUGAAUAUUCAGUUUGUGCAGAAGACAAAGAAACAUAUCUGUGCAUCAGAGACGGAGAGGUGUCCCCCAUCCUCCCCCAUCCUCCUCCCCCAUCCUCCCCCCAUCAUCCUCCCCCUUCAUCCUCCCCCUUCAUCCUCCCCCAUCCUCCCCCUUCAUCCUCCCCCAUCCUCCCCCUUCAUCCUCCCCCAUCCUCCCCCUUCAUCCUCCCCCAUCAUCCCCCUUCAUCCUCCCCCAUCCUCCCCCUUCAUCCUCCCCCUUCAUCCUCCCCCAUAAUCCUCCCACAUAAUCCCCCUUCAUCCUCCCCCAUAAUCCUCCCCCUUCAUCCUCCCUUCGUCCUCCCCAUCUUCCCCUUCAUCCCCCUCCAUCCCCCCCUCCAUCCCCCCCUCCAUCCCCCCCUCCAUCCUCCCCUCUUCAUCCUCCCCCUCCAUCCUCCCCCUCAUUCCUCCCCCUCCAUCCUCCCCCUCAUUCCUCCCCCUCCAUCCUCCCCUCCUCCCCCUCUCUCCUUUCUUCUCUCUCUCAUCCUUCCAUCAGAGAUGGAGAGGCAACCCUCUAUCCUCCUUCCCAGCGUCUCUGAACCCGCGGAGACUGAGGAGCGGGUCCUUCAAUCCCCCCGUCUCCCACCGUCUCCCUCGUCUCCCACCGUCUCCCACCGUCUCCCCCCGUCUCCCCCCGUCUCCCCCGUCUCCCUCGUCUCCCCCCGUCUCCCUCGUCUCCCUCGUCUCCCCCGUCUCCCCCCGUCUCCCCCCGUCUCCCCCCGUCUCCCCCCGUCUCCCUCGUCUCCCCCCGUCUCCCUCGUCUCCCUCGUCUCCCUCGUCUCCCCCCGUCUCCCCCCGUCUCCCUCGUCUCCCCGCGUCUCCCCCCGUCUCCCUCGUCUCCCUCGUCUCCCUCGUCUCCCUCGUCUCCCUCGUCUCCCUCGUCUCCCCCCGUCUCCCUCGUCUCCCUCGUCUCCCUCGUCUCCCCCCGUCUCCCUCGUCUCCCCCCGUCUCCCCCCGAGCAGAGUGCACCGUGUCAGCGCCACCAACGCCACCAACGCCACCACCGCCACCAACGCCUCCAACACCACCAACGCCUCCAACGCCACCAACGCCACCAACGCCUCCAACGCCUCCAACGCCUCCAACGCCACCAACGCCUCCAACGCCACCAACGCCACCAACGCCACCAACGCCACCAACGCCACCAACGCCACCAACGCCUCCAACGCCACCAACGCCUCCAACGCCUCCAACGCCUCCAACGCCACCAACGCCUCCAACGCCACCAACGCCACCAACGCCACCAACGCCUCCAACGCCACCAACGCCACCAACGCCACCAACGCCAUCAACGCCACCAACGCCUCCAACGCCUCCAACGCCUCCAACGCCACCAACGCCACCAACGCCACCAACGCCACCAACGCCACCAACGCCUCCAACGCCACCAACGCCACCAACGCCACCAACGCCACCAACGCCUCCACCGCCACCAACGCCUCCAACGUCUCCAACGCCACCAACACCACCAACGCCUCCAACGCCACCAACGCCUCCAACGCCUCCAACGCCUCCAACGCCACCAACGCCACCAACGCCACCAACGCCUCCAACGCCUCCAACGCCACCAACGCCACCAACGCCACCAACGCCACCAACGCCUCCACCGCCACCAACGCCUCCAACGUCUCCAACGCCUCCACCGCCUCCAAGGCCACCACCGCCACCACCGCCACCACCGCCACCACCGCCACCAACGCCACCAACGCCACCAACGCCUCCACCGCCACCAACGCCUCCAACGUCUCCAACGCCACCAACACCACCAACGCCUCCAACGCCACCAACGCCUCCAACGCCUCCAACGCCUCCAACGCCACCAACGCCACCAACGCCACCAACGCCUCCAACGCCUCCAACGCCACCAACGCCACCAACGCCACCAACGCCACCAACGCCUCCACCGCCACCAACGCCUCCAACGCCACCACCGCCACCACCGCCACCACCGCCACCAACGCCACCACCGCCACCACCGCCACCACCGCCACCACCGCCACCAACGCCACCAACGCCACCACCGCCACCACCGCCACCAACGCCUCCAACGCCACCAACGCCACCAACGCCUCCAACGCCACCAACGCCUCCAACGCCACCAACGCCACCAACGCCUCCAACGCCUCCAACGCCUCCAACGCCACCAACGCCACCAACGCCACCAACGCCACCAACGCCACCAACGCCACCAACGCCUCCACCGCCACCAACGCCUCCAACGUCUCCAACGCCUCCACCGCCUACAAGGCCACCACCGCCACCACCGCCACCAACGCCACCACCGCCACCACCGCCACCACCGCCACCAACGCCACCAACGCCACCACCGCCACCACCGCCACCAACGCCACCAACUCCACCACCGCCACCACCGCCACCACCGCCACCAACGCCACCACCGCCACCAACGCCUCCAACGCCACCAACGCCACCACCGCCACCACCGCCACCACCGCCACCAACGCCACCAACGCCACCAACGCCACCACCGCCACCACCGCCACCAACGCCACCACCGCCACCAACGCCACCACCGCCACCAACGCCACCACCGCCACCAACGCCACCAACGCCACCAACGCCACCAACGCCACCAACGCCACCACCGCCACCACCGCCACCACCGCCACCAACGCCACCACCGCCACCAACGCCACCAACGCCUCCAACGCCACCAACGCCUCCAACGCCACCAACGCCUCCAACGCCACCAACGCCUCCAACGCCACCAACGCCACCAACGCCUCCAACGCCACCAACGCCACCAACGCCACCAACGCCACCAACGCCAUCAACGCCACCAACGCCUCCAACGCCUCCAACGCCACCAACGCCACCAACGCCACCAACGCCACCAACGCCACCAACGCCUCCAACGCCACCAACGCCACCAACGCCACCAACGCCACCAACGCCUCCACCGCCACCAACGCCUCCAACGCCUCCAACGUCUCCAACGCCACCAACGCCACCAACGCCUCCAACGCCACCAACGCCUCCAACGCCUCCAACGCCACCAACGCCACCAACGCCACCAACGCCUCCAACGCCUCCAACGCCACCAACGCCACCAACGCCACCAACGCCUCCACCGCCACCAACGCCUCCAACGUCUCCAACGCCUCCAACGCCUCCACCGCCUCCAAGGCCACCACCGCCACCACCGCCACCACCGCCACCACCGCCACCAACGCCACCAACGCCACCACCGCCACCACCGCCACCACCGCCACCACCGCCACCAACGCCUCCAACGCCACCAACGCCACCAACGCCUCCAACGCCACCAACGCCUCCAACGCCACCAACGCCACCAACGCCUCCAACGCCUCCAACGCCACCAACGCCACCAACGCCACCAACGCCUCCAACGCCACCAACGCCACCAACGCCACCAACGCCACCAACGCCACCAACGCCACCAACGCCUCCACCGCCACCAACGCCUCCAACGUCUCCAACGCCUCCAACGCCUCCACCGCCUCCAAGGCCACCACCGCCACCACCGCCACCACCGCCACCAACGCCACCACCGCCACCACCGCCACCACCGCCACCACCGCCACCAACGCCACCAACGCCACCACCGCCACCACCGCCACCAACGCCUCCAACGCCACCAACGCCACCAACGCCUCCAACGCCACCAACGCCUCCAACGCCACCAACGCCACCAACGCCUCCAACGCCUCCAACGCCUCCAACGCCACCAACGCCACCAACGCCACCAACGCCACCAACGCCACCAACGCCACCAACGCCACCAACGCCUCCACCGCCACCAACGCCUCCAACUUGUGGAUGGAUCUUCGUCUCGCGGCCCCUCGACGGCUGAUUUAUUGCGGCUCCUUUCCGUGCAGGCAGGAGCAGGCCUCUCUGGGGGUCUCUCUGGGGGCCCUGCCUGCAGAGCUCAGGGGGAAGGCUCUCGUCUCCCCCGUCUCACCCCUGGGCUCCGGUCCGCGCUGA